AUGGUCACUAGUCGACUGUAUUUUGUAUUGUUUGUUUGCAUUUCGAGUGCAUUUACUUCUGGAUUAACAUUUGGAUUUUCAUCAGCAACUACACUUCAAAUUUAUUUCGACCCUACUUGGAUAGCAGUUUUUGCUGGUUUAUUAAAUGCAGGUGGAAUAAUUGGAUCUUUGUGGUCAACGUGGCUUAUUCGUCAUUAUGGACAUUGUCUUACAUUAUUGCUUUCUUAUGGUCUAUCUGUCAUAGGAUGGGUGUUACUGUAUUUUUCAUCGUCAGCUGUCUACGAACGAUAUUCACCAACUGUUCAAUUAGUAUUAGGACGUCUAAUAACUGGUUUAGGAUGUGGAUUAACUUUAACUACUAAUAUAAUUUAUAUCUAUGAGAUAAUUCCAUCGUCAUGGAAAGUAUUGAUGGGAUCAUUGUUUCAAGUUGGUAUAACAUGCGGAAUUGUUGCUGAUUAUGCACUUGCAAUUUUUUUAAACUGGGAUACUAUUUCUUUGGUUUUCGCUCUGGUUAUUUCAUUUGUUGCCGUUUUAACUUAUAUGUUACCCGAAUCUUCUGAAUGGUGCGUUAAAAUGGGUAAUUUGCAAUCAGCUGAAGCAUCUCAUUACUGGUUGCAUGGAAACGAGAUACCUUUUAAACAAAAUGGGAAUAAUUUAAUGAUCAAUGGAAAUGUUCCUCAUGAUAUAUCAGAUUUUAGCACAAAGUCAUACACUGGUUCUUUUCAUGCAUUGAAUGAUUCAAAGUCUAAGCUUCGUACGAUUUUUAUAUUAAUAACAUUUCAACAAUUAACAGGGAUGAAUGCUAUAAUCUACUUUGCUGAAUCGGUUUGCCUAUUUGGUGGGCUAGUAUCAUAUGAAUGUGGAUUCAACCUGGGAUUGUGUCUAUUUAUUUCUAGUAUUGUAUCAGUAUUUGUGGUUAGAAAAUUCUCCUGGAAAAAGCUACUACUAGUUGGUGCUGUAAUUCUGGCUUUAUCCCAUCUAUGGUUCUCACUAACGGUAUCACAAACUGAAACUCCAAUGUCUUCAAUGCAUCAAGUUUAUUUAAUUGUAUUGGUUAUAACUUUUACAUGUAGUUGGGGUCCAUUACCAUUAUUAAUAGCAUUAGAAUCAUUUCCAAUUAUCAAUAGGAAUUAUGUUAUCAAAUCAUCUUUAACAGUUGGUUGGACAGUUUGUUGUUUUGUUACAUUUAUAUUUGAACCAUUUAUAUUAUGGACAAGUGUAUCAGUUUUAUUCAGUAUAUUCUCAUUAUGUUGUUUAUUCUCUUGUGUUUAUGUUUAUUUUCAUAUUCCUGAUAUGAAAUCAAUGAACACUAUCUAAUAUGUUGUGUUUACCUUUUCUUGGUUAAUAUCAUACUAAUAAUGAUCAUAAUAAUAAUAAUAAUAAUACACAUAUUUAAAGUGAAAAUCUUCACUGAUAUAUAUACAUAUGAACACUUCACUGUAGUUUUGUUCAUUUAUUAUGUUGGUUAACCGUGACAGCAAUUAUUUUAUUGAUUGUACUGUAGUGUUGGUUACUAUUAUUGCUAAGCCCAAAUAACUUAUUCUAGCUCUUGGACAAACUAAUUUAUCUAUUCUUCUUUGAGUCAUAUUUUAACUGUGCUAAUUAUUUACUUAUUACAACCCUGCCUGUUUUUUAUAUGAGCACAUAUGUGUGUACACACAUCUUAUCCUAUAUUCAUCACAUGUCUGUAACUUAUUAUUGUUGGACUAUAAAAAUAUUGAUUACCGCUUGGUAAAAAGGGAGUUGACAAAUACGCCUUCUCCACUGCGUGUCCUUUCAUUUCAUCCCACUCAUUUCCUGUUCACAUCAGUGAGUGUACAAAAUAUAUAUGUAUUUAACAAUCUAUCCUCGUAUUCGACUUAUUUAAUUCCAUUAUAUUUAAGUUGAUAGUUAUAUACGAGACUAGUUAGGAUGUAUAUAUUUCGGCAGUAAUCAUUCAAUAACGAUUAUCUGUCCGAUCUAACUAGAGUCAGAUACUAGGUCACUGAAGUACACAAGUUUUCCUCGUAUCUAAAUUGAUGAAACUCCUUUCUUCGAAAUAGAAAAUUUAUCAAUUAUAUAUCUCUCUCAUUGUUUCUCUUUACACAUUUUACAACUAAUCUCUGAAUUGAUAUUAAAUUCUUUUCAUUAUCUACAUAUAAAUUUAAUAGAGUAUAUAUCAUAGUACUUAGUUAAGUCACAGUAAUUGUAUUUUAUAUAUUCAUCAUCUUGGCAGUUAUUCUAGUGUAAGUUCUUUUAAAUAAUAAAACAUGAGUAAUACAUAAGUAAAUAAUUAAUUUUAAAUUUUUCACUACUGUUAUAUCCUAGUGAAGAUUAAAUUACAGGUAACUUCCGAGGACUAUUAAUGGACUAAUAUUCUUAUUGUAUAAUUAUUCAGUAGUUAGAAUAUGUAUAUUUAUAUUCCCCUUAUUAUAAGCUUCAUUUUGACCUAUAAUUUAUUAUUAUACGAUUUACUGUUCCUAAGCUAUGUUCAGUUUAUUGACUACUGC